GUACCCUCUACCUUCUUCUUCUUCUUCUUCUUCCACUCACUAACCAAAUCUAGAAUCAAUAACCAAUAAAAAACCUAACUUUCUCUGUCAAUGGCUUUCUUCUUCUUCUACUUUUUCUUCCUCUUGACUCUUUCUUCUCCUUCUUCUUCUUCUUCCUCUUCAAACUCCUUGACUUACAUCGUCCACGUCGACCAUGAAGCUAAACCUUCAAUCUUCCCCACUCACCGUCACUGGUACACUUCCUCUCUUGCCUCACUCACAUCUUCUACUCCCUCCAUUAUCCACACAUACGACACCGUUUUCCAUGGCUUCUCCGCUAGACUCACUUCUCAAGACGCUAGUCACCUCUUAGACCAUCCUCAUGUCAUCUCUGUUAUACCCGAGCAAGUCCGUCACUUGCACACCACUCGUUCCCCUGAGUUUCUUGGUCUUAGGUCCACCGACAAAGCGGGUCUACUUGAAGAAUCUGAUUUCGGGUCGGAUCUUGUUAUCGGAGUUAUCGAUACUGGUAUUUGGCCUGAAAGACCUAGCUUUGAUGACCGUGGUCUUGGUCCUGUUCCCCUUAAAUGGAAAGGCCAAUGUAUCGCUUCUCAAGAUUUUCCGGAGUCGGCUUGUAACCGUAAACUCGUCGGAGCUAGAUUCUUCUGCGGUGGUUAUGAAGCAACCAACGGGAAAAUGAAUGAAACGACGGAGUUUCGUUCUCCGCGUGACUCCGAUGGACAUGGGACUCACACAGCUUCAAUCUCCGCCGGCCGUUACGUUUUUCCGGCGUCAACUCUCGGCUACGCUCGCGGCGUCGCUGCUGGGAUGGCUCCGAAAGCUAGACUCGCCGCUUACAAAGUCUGUUGGAACUCCGGUUGUUACGACUCCGAUAUCCUAGCCGCUUUUGACACCGCCGUCGCCGACGGUGUCGAUGUCAUCUCUCUUUCCGUUGGAGGCGUCGUGGUUCCUUAUUACCUCGACGCUAUCGCCAUUGGAGCUUUCGGAGCUAUUGACAGAGGAAUAUUCGUCUCUGCUUCGGCCGGAAACGGAGGUCCCGGUGCUUUAACGGUGACGAAUGUUGCUCCGUGGAUGACAACAGUCGGAGCUGGAACAAUCGAUAGGGAUUUUCCGGCCAAUGUGAAACUCGGUAAUGGGAAGAUGAUUUCUGGUGUUAGUGUAUACGGUGGACCGGGUCUGGAUCCGGGUCGAAUGUACCCGCUUGUUUACGGUGGCAGUUUACUCGGCGGCGAUGGUUACUCUUCGUCUCUGUGUCUUGAAGGCUCGUUGGAUCCGAAUUUGGUUAAGGGAAAAAUCGUUCUUUGUGACAGAGGAAUCAAUUCUAGAGCAACCAAAGGUGAAAUCGUACGGAAAAAUGGAGGCUUGGGGAUGAUUAUAGCGAAUGGUGUGUUCGACGGAGAGGGUUUAGUCGCUGAUUGCCACGUGUUACCGGCGACAUCGGUUGGUGCUUCUGGAGGAGAUGAGAUUCGAAGGUAUAUCUCUGAAUCAUCCAAAUCUCGUUCAUCGAAACAUCCAACGGCUACGAUUGUUUUCAAAGGGACUCGACUUGGGAUCCGACCAGCACCGGUUGUGGCAUCUUUCUCUGCUCGUGGGCCUAAUCCAGAGACGCCGGAGAUUCUUAAACCGGAUGUAAUCGCACCUGGUUUGAACAUUUUAGCUGCUUGGCCUGACCGGAUUGGGCCAUCUGGUGUUUCUUCUGAUAAUCGGAGAACUGAGUUCAACAUUUUAUCCGGCACUUCGAUGGCGUGCCCUCACGUGUCUGGUCUCGCUGCUCUGCUCAAGGCGGCUCAUCCGGAUUGGAGUCCGGCGGCAAUAAGAUCAGCCUUGAUGACUACGGCUUACAGGGUCGAUAACCGCGGUGAUCCAAUGAUGGAUGAGUCCACUGGCAAUACAUCUUCGGUUAUGGAUUAUGGUUCGGGUCAUGUUCACCCAACCAAAGCUAUGGAUCCGGGACUAGUCUACGAUAUAACACCUUAUGAUUAUAUCAACUUCUUGUGUAAUUCUAACUACACUGGAACCAACAUUGUGACAAUAACCCGUCGCCAAGCGGACUGCGACGGUGCGAGACGAGCGGGACACGUAGGGAAUUUGAACUACCCGUCGUUCUCUGUCGUGUUUCAGCAGUAUGGAGAGAGUAAAAUGUCGACACAUUUCAUCAGAACGGUGACAAAUGUAGGCGAUUCUGAUUCAGUCUACGAGAUUAAGAUUAGGCCGCCGAGAGGGACUACGGUGACUGUUGAGCCGGAGAAGCUAUCGUUUAGACGGGUGGGGCAGAAACUGAGUUUUGUUGUUAGGGUUAAGACCACAGAGGUGAAGCUGUCACCCGGAGCGACAAAUGUGCAGACUGGUCAUAUAGUUUGGUCAGACGGGAAACGAAAUGUGACAAGUCCCUUGGUGGUUACUCUUCAACAACCUCUGUGAAGGGUUUUAGGAUUUGGUGACCGGGAAAAUUCUGGUCUCUGUUUGUAUAAGUGAAAAAGAAAGAUCAUAAGUUGUUGUUGUCGUCGUCUAUGAUCUUUGUUGGGUGUUUGUGUAAUAUAAAUAUGUAUCUUUU